GGGCAUGCGCCGCGCCGUUUACGUUCAGGGGGAGGUUCGUGUGUAUUGUAGCGUAGCUUCAACAAGAGCGUAUAACUGACUCGGUUUACUAUUGUCGUUUAUUUGUAUCUUUCCCUCUGGAUUUUGCCCUAUCUUCUAAACAUGAACAAAGAUGAGUUCUCAGCAGGGCGGGUUAGGAAAACAGCAGUCCCUGAUAAAGUCGACAUGUCAUUAGGUAAGGAGCUAUCUAGCUAACAAAUGUUACUAAAAUAGAGCACAGGCUAAUGUUAGCUGGUGGGAGGUUACCAGGUGCUGGGUCGCAAGUCUCAUAAAUCUCAUAUACGCAUCAAAUCGCAUUAAUUUAUCACUGCUUAUGUCUUUAACAGAUGAUAUUAUUCGAUUGAAUAAGAAAGAGCAGCAGCUGAAAAGGAAGCAGGCCACAGUGAACCGUCGACCAGUUAGGAAGAAAGGCCGUUUAAUCCAAGGAAAAGGAGUUUCGUCCAGGGCUGCUGGUCCACUCCUCAGAGGUGUUUGCAUGUCUGUGUGUUUCUUUACGCUGUAUUACUUUGUCGACGAUGUCUAACGCUGUCAUUAUUGUAUUUACCAGGAGGUGGCGUGCCUCGCGGAGGAGUGCCUAAAUUGAGAAACAGGAGGGUCCCUCCCCUGCCGGUUCGACGGCGAGGUCAGGGGGUUAUCACAGGACUGGCAGCCAGGAGACCCACUGCCCUGCUGAAGAGAGUCGGUACACUAAACAGAGCAGCAAUAAACCAGGUAAUGAAAAAACACUUGAGUGCUCAUGUGUGGAAACAGAUUCUGGUCUCAGAUAAUACUGAAUUGAAUGUAAAUGCUGGUAGUUCCGGUUUCAAUGUUCAGAUUUGACUUUGGUAUCAUUAAAUGAUUAAGUUCUGUGUUUGAGCUUAAAAUAGAUUCAAAGCUUUGACGAUUCAGACUCAGUAAACAGAGAGACAUCUGGUUAAAUGUACAUUUUGAGCAACCCCCUUAGGGUAGAGUGGGGUGAGAUGAGAUGUUGUGCAUCCCUGCAAACCAACAGAAUGAGUGUAAACAUAACUGUCUUGAUAAUAUAGCAUGCCAACAAAAGUGGUCUCCUAUGGUCAACUUACCCUGUGUAUGGGGUAAGUUGACCAUAGGAGUGGGGUAAGUUGAGCUAUAUCCCUACUACCCCCUCACUCUCCACCCCAGCCCUCCCUCACCUUCUCUCUCCCUAAAUAACAGUCACUUCUUCACAUUCAUGUAUAUUUUUAUCUACUAUACCCUAUUCAACUGGUACAAUAAUUCUUUUUUUAUUAUUAUUACAUAUAACUGCUAAAAAGCUGUUUUUUUAAAAAGUCAUUUUAACAUGAGAAUGUCUUUAAGUGAUUCAGAACAUUCACCGCUGUAUUUUUAAAAAGAAAAAGUUACACAUUUCAACAAUCUGAACUGACACUCUGAUCCUCUCAUCAGACUUCUUUACUACUUUAUUAGUCCUUGAAGUCAAAAUGGUGGACUUUUGACCUCAUGUUGUAGCUCAUAGAUACCAUAAUUGAUGUAUAAAAAUAAUUUAAAAUGAUCUUUUUUGGUCUGAACACAGUUCUAAUAAAACUUAUGACAGACUAAAUUCACAAUUUUUUUCAAAAGUUAAAAAUGUUUUUUGGAAAUAAAUGUCUGACCCCUUCACCCAUGUGCUUCUAACCUUCACAGACUCCAUGAAUUGAUGCCCAUCUCCUAAAUAUUUGGUCACAUGAUCAAUUUCUUUUAUCAUUUUCAAGCAACAGGAGGUGGCUCAACUUACCCUUUGGCUUAACUUACCACACUCUCCCCUAUUGACAAUCUGUCAACGACUACACAUCAUUGAAGUAAAAAAAAGUUCAGGAGGCCCACGCAUCAUGAACCCAAACAGACCUCAUGUGUUUUUUAAAUUCUUGUUUCAGUGUUGAUGUAAUGUAAGAAGACCUAAUUUUAAUGACAGUUCAGCAGAAGCAAAACUAUCCUGAUGGUGUCAUACUGACACUUCAUUAGCUCCUGUAUAGGCUGACAAACGACUAACCUUUAAAACUUUUGCAACACUACAUACUGUGAUAACCGUUUUACAAGAAAGCAUUUUGUAACAGGAGUGCAAGAUUUUUCAGCAUCCUGUCAUCUGGUAAAAAACAGCAGCCACUCCUAAUUUUCAAGUAAUACUAACUAGCUUUCUUUCCUGGCGUCUGCAGUCUCAAACACUUUUCAGUUCUGUGAACUGUCAGCAGCCCAGGAGUUGUAUUUUGUUAAUUCCAAGAAGGAUUAAUGAGAAAUUCAGAUGAUAUGAUUGCACCUUUAUCCUUUCACAGUACCUGAAAUUGUUUUUCCCUCUCUUUAAUUAAACUCCAGUUUGAUUGAGUUCCUGUUGUGCUGUGCUUUGCAUACAUACACCUACCAUCCUCUUAGGAAUUCACUCACUUUCUCUAAAGCUUAUUAUAGUUUAAUUUUUAAUGAAACAGAGUUAAGGUGUGUACAGAAAUUAUUGGUUUCAUAUCAUUUACAAAUACCCAAGCUGAUUGUGUUGUUCUCUUUUUCCUGUGAUAGUUAUACUAAUGGAUUUUUCAAACUUUGCCAAAUGAGGUUUAAAUGUUGGUUUUCAGACAUGAUGAAUCAGUAUUAAAGAAUAAGAACUUCAUUAAUCCUUGAAGGGAAAUUUAUAUAUUUAUGUAUAAUUUUUUAUCUAUAAUUUAUGUAUCACAGAAAACAAGGCAAAAAACGAAGCCCUUCAUCCAGCGCCCUGAAGCUCAGUACGGGAAGCCAGAGGUACAGAGGAGGCCAUACAGGCAGCCAGAUCCCCCAAGAGGCCAGAAUGCAUUGUCAGUCAGGAGACCAUUUCAGCUACAGAGACGGUGAGAGCAUGUGUCCCAUGAACUUACUGCAUCUUUUGUAAGAAAGGAGGUAACAGCAGGGGUAAUGCAGAAACCUCGCAUCAUAUUUUGAAUGUAAUUUCACCUAAAUUGUAGUUACAGACAGUGUAAACAGUUUGAUUUCAAACAGGUUUGGAGCACUGACUGAAAAUUGAGACUUGAUAUGGUGUAUCUAAACAUUAAUACACUCUGCUGUAUUUAAAAAAAACCGUUACAUUCUUUGUACUUGUGCAGACCACUGCCACCUGUUCAGCAAGCUCAGAGAGAAGCCCGCCAGGCCACAUUUCUUUUUCGCAGAGGACUGAAGGUACACAGUGGUUGUGUGUCAUUGACAGUUGUUAAAUCUACAGUAGUUGUCUAAUGAGGUCUCUGUCAGCACAUGGAGCAUCAUCUGUUUAUCUGGGUAUUGACACACUGAAAUUAGAUCCUAUUGUCAAUACACCUUUGUGUUUAUUUUCACAUGUCUACAGGUACAUGCCCAGGUGCAAAAGCCAAAUCCUCGCCCUCCUCCUGUGAGAACUCGACAGUGAGUGUUCUGAAACCUGCUUGAGUCUGUUUUGUGUUGUGAUACUCUGUUUUAGGUGUACAUGUGUGGGGAAGAGGAAAUUCACUGAGGAUAUGAAUCAUUUGGAGGGGAAGGAGGACCAUUGUUUGCCUUUUUAGAGUCAAUGGUUUGUGUGUUGAUGUGACACUAACAUUUCUGUGUUUAUCCACCAGGUGGCGCACAUCAACCACCAGCAGUGGAAUCUUGACUGUUUCAAUUGACAACCCUACAGCCAGGACUCAGCCUGAGUAAGUCUCAGCAACUGCACAAAAUAUGAACUCUUAACUCAUGAUAGACAGUGAGGUGUUUUUUUUAGCCGUUUUGUUACACCCAUGCACUAUUAUGGCAAACAUCAGAUUUUAGUCCGUUCCAGAUUAAUGACUAUAAUUUCUCUGUAGACCUCCUUCGGCUUGGACCCUGCAUCCCCCUACUCCCAGCUCUGCCCCUGCUAAGGUGGAAACAGUGGAGAAGAAAAUACCAAAAGGAGUGCCUCUGCAGUUUGACAUCAACAGCGUUGGAAAACCAGUAAGAGUAUUCAGCUUUUUUUUGUUGUUGUUUUCAUGUUCUUAUUUUCUCUAUGGGGUCAUGUGUAUUGUAUGUAAAUCAAUGUCAUGCCCUAAAAUAUUGAUACGCUCAGCUUAUGCAGUGGAUCUGCAUAGAUUAAUAAAACAAGUAUGAAACAGUUAAGUAUAAAAUGCAAACACAACCACGAAUGUAUGUAACUAUAUACAUUACAACAACAUAAAAAUUCGAUAGAUUCAAGAUACAAUUAUUCUUAAAGAACAGAAGGCUCUCUAUCAGCCAUUACUUCAAAAAUGAAUAAAAAAUAAAAAAUAGUGUAUGAGUUGAAAUGAUCCUAGUCUGGAUUGUUUUACUUCUGUACGUCAGAUGUUCCAUGUAUAACCAACUUCAAACACGUAUUUUAUAUUUGAAGUAUAUUACAGUGAUGAUAUCCAAACUGUCCCUAAAUUGUCUUCAUUUGUGUAUCCAUUAUAAGCUUGCCUCUGGUGUUUUAUCUUCCUGUAGCAAACAUCGAUGACCUUGAAUGAGCGAUUCCGCAUCCUUAAGGAUCGGCGCACCUCCACAGCACACAGCAGUAAAGGCAGCAGAUUCGUUACGGUGGGUUAGCGGUCAAGAAGAUUUCAGUAAAGACCCAGCAACUCUGCAGCCGGUCAUCCUGCUCAGAUACACAAUGAACUUCACCUUUGUGAUGAACAGGAUGUGUGACUCACUGACUUUACUAAAGGGAAGGAGGGCAACAGUGGGAUGAAUGAAUCCAACCUGCACAGCUGUGAGACCUGAAGUGUCAGUAGAAGGGAUAGUUAAAAACAAGUCACCAUUCAUUGUCCAUAUCAUUGUGCCCAGCUGUUUGUAUUGUGGACGUCCUAAACCGGGAAGGAAAGAGUUUUUUUUUCUUCUGGUCUCUGAACUGUUGACACUAUUUUAAGACGGAGUAGAAGUAUUGGCUUUAAAGAGAGGACAGAUAUGCAUUUACUCAAGGGGGUGUAUGUGCAGAAAACCUUUUUUGACAUUUUUGAGAAUUAUUUUGUAAAGUUUGUUCCAAUAAAUGGAUUUCUCCUAAAAUAUUUUCCCUGAACUUAAAUUAGUUUGUGGAGCGCUGGAGAGGUUCACCAAAUAAAACAGGAUUUAUCUGCCAGCAUUUGGAUGCACAGCACCUUCUAUACUUAAGUUUAAUCACAACUCAUUUUUAUGUUGCAAAGGAGUAUUAGGGCCACAUUAAGAACAAAAAUUGAAGACUUCAAGAUUUAAGUCGUUAAUUUAUAAGAAUAAAGUUGUAAUAAAAUCAUUAUGAUACUUAUGAUAAUGCGGUGCUGAUGUGCCAAGAGAUAAAGUAUCUCUGAGCAACCUAUAUUUAAGUACAUUUUCACAAAAUACUCCAUGGCUCUCAUUUCAACAACUGUCAUCUCAACAGGUUAGAAUAUAAGGACUUAAUUCUCAGAAGUUAUGACUUGAUUACGAUUUUAUUCUCUUAAAUUUACAUCAUCUCAAAAUCUUCAAUUUUUUUCCCUAAUACUUCUUCAUAGUAUGUGAAUCACUCUGCACUGAUAAUUUAGUGAAUAAAUUGCAGAGAAAACAAACAAACCACUGCAACUUCUUAGAAAGUUUGACCAGACAAACAGCGUUCAUGUCCUCCGAGCUUGGAAACAAAUUUAAGAGACAGUGACAUACAUAUUUGGAAUCUGAAUAUUGCUUUUAUUUAAAUACAUUAAAAUUUGCAAUGUAACAAAACUAUUGGCAUAUGAAAUUCAAACACCAUUUAAAUGAACAAAACAUGGCUCACUUCAUUUUUCUGUGACUAGUGUCAGUAACACUAGGUUAUUUUUCUCUCUGCCCACUUUGCUCUGCAUUGUCCCCCCCUCACCCAUUUACACUGUUCACAGACUAUCUUACAUAAGAGUGCUGAAUAAAAAUGAGGUAAGAAAGUGGUUUGAAGAUUACAGAUCAUGCAAAACAUGCUGAACAGCAACAAAAUAUUUUGUGAAGGAGGAAGUAACAAAACGAAAAAAAAAAAGAAAAAAAAAUACAUGAGUGUGCAUUUAAAAAUCAAUUUACACAGCUUUGCAUCUUUGGUUACAAAGUAGGUUGAACAAUUUCACAGCUUUCCCCUCCUGACCCCAUUGGGAAAACAAUGGAAGAAAAAAAAAGAUAAGAAGGAGGGGGGUAUGGCAACACUAAUUCACUUUUCAAUCAUCAAGUUGAUUCUUCACCAGAUGCCAUCUGCAGGCACACAUUUUGAUUUGAUGUCAACAGAUGGAUUCAACCAUCAAGGCUCUUAAUACUUAUACAAAAAUGUACAUUCAUAACUGGAACUUUAACUACGCAUUAGCAAUUUGAGAGCAGAAUUUGAGUUAGUGUUAAACAUUUGUCAGAAUUUACUUUAUAUUUGCCUACUUUUUACUAAUUAAGUCCAAAGUGUUGCCUCUGAGAAGAAGUAUAGCCAAAAUGUUGAAAUACUGUAAAAGAAAUCAGGAAACGAGUCACUGGGCUUCUGUUAAACAGGUGUCAUGAAAUUGUUCAUGUGUGAAAAUAGCAGCCCCAUAAUAAAUAAAACACUUAACAGUAGAACUCAAAAAGACUGAUGCAGGGGUUGGACUUGAUGUAAAAAGUAACGGCAAAAAAAGAAAAAAAGGGGGGGGGGGCAGACUCACUCUCUCUCCCAUGUCUUUCUAUACAACAUAAACAGCAAGGCUAAAAAUACCCCUUCACCCCCUCAUUUAUCUCACAUUAAAAAAAUAAUCACUCUCUGUUUUGACAAUCACUCCCAUUUGUCCCUUAUGUCAGGCAAACCACUCCCUUUCCACAACCUCAGUAUGAGCGGGUCUAAGGUCAGCAUCCUGGCCUGGGUCCAAGAUGAGACAUCCCAUCCACACGCUUGGACCCAGCAGUCAGCCGUUCUGGGAUAACAGCCAAGAUGAAAAACCCUCUGACCCUCCUCUGACACACUUCAGUCUCCAGAUUCCCACCUCCAAGUCUUUCUCACUCGCUCUCUGAUGAUUGCAUUAACACUGGAAAGGCCCACAGUACAGAUGCAUACACACUUACAUUUUUACAGUCAUACCAGCUUUCCUAUCCUACACACACACACUCUCCCUCACACACACACACGCACACAUACAUACAAGCUGUACUUUGUGGUCAAGCUGGUGGCUAAGAAGACAGUUUUUUUUUUUCUUCUUUUUAUUUUCACAUACACUAAUUUGUAAUAGGUUGCAGAGAAGAUGCUCUUCUUUUUUAUGCCCUCGGAGAAGCAGGGCAGAUGCACUUCAAGCGGAGGUGACAUUGGGUUGCAGUUGUUGCUGUUGGCUGGGAUCGAGCUGGGGCUGAGUCUGGAGCUGCUGGGGUUUGGGGUGGUGCUGGAGCUGGGGGUGGGACUGCUGAGACUGAGGCUGAGGCUGAGGCUGAGACGGGGGCUGGGUUUGAAGCGGAGGCUGGGCCUGUGGUGGAGGGUGGCUGAGUCCUUGCUGGGGAGGCGUGGUGCUGGAGCUGGGAGCCGGCUGGGUGGACAGCUGAGACAGCUGCUCACUGUUGGCCAGAGAUUUCAACACGGCGUUCUCCCGCUCCAGCACAGAGUUCCUCUCGUACAGCUCCUUGAUCUGCUCCUUUAACACCUCCACCUCCUCGCGCACUGCAUACAUCAGAUGGCUUUUCACCAGGUCCUGCAGGACAAAGACAGAUGACAUUAAACGCUGCUCUGGGGCGACAGAAUCUAAUCUGACUAAAAGCAUCAGAGUGACCGAUCUCUAAUAUGAUUCAUGUUCAAUGAAGGAUAAUGGAGUAAAGAUCAGUGCUAGAGCUUCAUUUAUUCAGUUAUUUUAGCUGUGUGGAUAUGACUGUAAGCAAAAAUAAAGACACUGUAUGUUGAAAGACUAGAAAAUAAGCACAGUGUAAUGACUGUAUUUUAAAAAGUAACUAAAUAAGAGUAAGGAAGAAAGUCAACCCCCUUGACUUGAAUUAUGUAUAACACAAAUAGGUUAAUGGAUAUAACAUCUGGUCCCUGAAGUCAUUAUCUUUCCAUGCAACUAGAUACAUCCUUCAUACUUAAAGCAUCAAACAUUCAACCAUAGUGUGUGGAAUAUCACUCACCAUUGCCUGUUCGAUUUUAUUAUCAAUGGCAGCAACAUUAGUUCCCGAGGCUCUGUGAAACAGAAAACACAGAUGUUAGAAUUCGUCCUCUGGAUUUCAGGAUCCAAACCUCACAAGAGGAGUCAUUUAUCUUAGCCCACUUUCUUUCCUCCCCCUUUAAAAUACAGAAGACAAAGGAACACUGGACAGACAACAAUGUUUUCCACAGUGAUGAGAGUCUUUAUUGGAAACACAGUCAGUUAAACAGCACAAAAGCAGAGAAAAACCAGACAGCACAGUUGUGCUCAAAUAAUUAAACCAGCUGCUCUCAGUUCAGCGGGUGAAUCAGGGAGAGAUCGUAUAGAAUAACAUGUCGUCACUCCUGGUCAUACCAUGAACACUACUAUAACACCUAUCUAGGUCAGGUCAGUGAGUGAGCAGGAGAAAGAGGGAAAAGUGCAGAAAACACAGCAGGACAGCGUUAGUGCAAGAAUGUGCAGCAUUAAGUGCAUCAAUGAAAUGUUCAGACCACAACAGCACUAAGAGUGGGUAAAAGAAAAGCUGAGGAUUUCAACCUUCAUCAUCUUCUGACACAUACCAUGGUAUAGCUUGACCUAAUUUCAGACCCCUUUAUAUCCAACACAGAUGAGUUAUGUUGCAGCUGUGCUUGGCAGCCACAGCAACAGGAGUUAUGAGUGCUGCUGAGUAAUCAGGGCAUACUUUUAGACAUACAUCACAAGUUCAUCAGAACAAAUGUGCAACAAUCAACACCACUGUUCAGAAUUCAAGUUUGCAUUCAGAAACACUGAGACAAUCAUCAAAAGAUAGCAGGCAAACCCAAAACUAAAGUAUCAAGGUCACUUUAAGCGUGAGGGUAAAACACUCUUGCAUUGUAAUCACAUCAUUUCUCUCGAAUCACUCAGCUCAAUAUUAAUUCAUUCGCGUUAUUUUAACGCUCCCGUUGGACACGCGGUCCUCUGCGGGGCAGGCAGCUGCCGCCUCCCGUUACCUGCGGCGGCUCCGGCAGCAGAACAGCAGCGGCUCGCAGGUCGCAUCGCGCCGGGUCGGGCCCCCGGGGCAGCACGGCGGUUUGUAGGAAAACGUGCACGGCAUGGCGCUGACCGCUGCUGGAGCUACAUCGGUGGGAAAAGAGGCCACCGGUGCGGACCGCGGGUGGUUCAGUCCGGUUACUGUGACCACAUUUGGAAUAAUGAAACAUGAACCGGAGGGCGGGCGGAGGAAGUCAGAGGAACUGACAGGAGGAGGCGGAGAGACAGUUGUGUGCCGCCCGCUCCGCGGUCUAACCUGAGGUAACACUAAGAACUGUACUGUGAGCAGACAGGGACGUGUAUGGGGGUCCACGUCCCAUACGCUCACUGAGUACUGAUCCACUCAGAACUAGAUGGUAAACAGAUGUUUAAUAAAUUCACAGUAUCUAUGAAAAAGAAACUGCAGCGAUACAAAAAGAAGUUAUUGGAUGAGUUGAAGCCUCAUUUCUUUAUGCAAAAAAGCACAAAGCUUCAGACAAAUGUCAACUCUAUAAAUAAAAGUGCCUCAAACGAGAGUCUAUGUUUAGUCCUUUUAUAGUUUGCACCAGGGCUGGGCGAUAACAUGAUAAUGAUUUAUAUCGAAAAUUAAUUUCCGUCAAUAUCAAUAUAAAACAUAGCCAAUAUGCUUUACAAUAGUCGGCAUUCUGCCAUUUCUCGGUAGACUAUACAAAUAGUAGGGCUGGGACAAUAUGCUUUUCUCCCGAUUCAAUUCUUCUACGUUUUUUUUGGAUGUCAAUUUGAUUUAAAUUGGGAUUGUAGGAUAUUGUCGAUUUACUUGAUAUUUAGUCUGAAUUUUCAACACCAGUGAAACAGUUAAAUGAUUAUGGCUGUCUACUGACUAUUUCAGGAACCAUAUUUCCCCAAAAAAUAAACAUAACAUGUAAGUCAGUUUUUAAGAUUUAUUCUUAAAUUUAAAAAAAAAAAAAUCUAUUUUUGGACAUAAAAAUCGAUUUAAAAAUUGUAAAACAAAAAAAAUCACAAUACUUAUGUGAAUCGAUUUUUUCUCCCACCCCUAAC